CGGAACUGAGCCAUGGAGGAGCUGGAUGUGGACCCGGCAGAGACUCCCAUUCCAGGUUUAGGGCAACAGAACCGGCACAUAGGGUUCAGCUGGGGACCUGGAGAUUUACUUCUGUAUGAAACCCUUUACCAGAAACAAGGUAGCGAAACAGCAGCCCGCUGUCCUUUUAUGUACCUUGUGCGCAGCGAUGAGGACAUCUACUCACCUGUACUGCGCAAGCUCUUCAAUGAGUCGCACAGCAUUUUCGUCGGACUUCAGAAGAGCGCGGAGGAAAACGCCGGCAAAUCUCGAAAGGCACAAUUGGUACAGGUCAGUAGAAAUUAUCGUUCGGUGCUCCGAGCCUGCAUGGAGGAGAUGCACGCCCUUUCUGAGUCCACCAGAGAACCAUCUCAAAAUACAAAGUACAUCAGCCAGAUAUCCAUCUUAUCUGCCAUGGAGCUGAGCUGGAACCUUUGCGAGAUUCUCUUCAUAGAGUCAGCUCCAGCUGGCCCUCUCUUGAUACUUCUGCUCGACUGGGUACGUCUCCAUGUGUGUGAAGUGGACAACAUUGUCCAAGAUGUUCUCAGAAGUGAAAGGCCUACAGAGCACGAGAAGUUCUGGGAUGGGGUUACUGGGUAUGUUCUGCAAGGCAGGAUGAAUGAGGCACGGCAGUUGUUGGCUAAGGAAGCAUCAUCGUCUGUGAGCGCCAGAAGCAUGUGUAGGGUGCUGGAUGACCUCCUUAAGAAAAUGCCCAUGCUUAAUACGGCUGGAACGCAGACGCUGACGGAGUUUGAGUUGAAAUGGCAGCAUUGGCGGGAGGAAUGCGAGCGUCACCUGCAGAACGGAACAUUCUCUUCCAAUCCGCACAUGGAAGUGGUUUGCAGGGUCUUGGUGGGAGAUGAGGAAGUCAUAUUAGAAAAGAGGGACCUGAUGACCACAUGGUAUCACUUCCUGGUGUCACGUCUACUCUUCAAACACCCAACGGUGAAACCCACAGAGUUGCAUUUCUAUGCACAGUCAAGCUUAGAUAUGUUCCUGGCUGGAAACAGCAGCCCAGAGCCCCUGGACAACAUUUUGCUGGCGGCGUUUGAAUUUGACAUUCAUCAGGUUAUCAAAGAGUUUAGCAUUGUUUCCAGUAACUGGUGGUUUGUGGCUCAUCUGACUGACCUGCUGGAUCACUGCCAGUUAUUCCAGGCCCACAACCUAUAUUUUGGGGCCAACAUGCGUGAAUUUCUUCUGCUAGAUUACGCCUCUGGUCUUUUCUCCCAUCACAGCCUCUGGCAACUUGGUGUUGACUACUUUGACUACUGCCCUAAUCUAGGCCAUGUCUACCUGGAGCUCCACAUGGAACGCGUCCCUUUGAAUACCGAGAAGAAAGCCCUAAAGGCUCUGCGAAUCUGUGAGAAGCGCCAGAUGACAGAACAAGUACGUAGCAUUUGUAAGACUAUGGCUAUGCAGUCUCUGUGCAAUGGUCGCUUAGGAUCAGCAUUGUCCUGGAGCAUCCGUGCCAAAGAUGCGGCUUUUGCAACACUAAUCUCAGACAGUUUCCUGAAAGAAUACAGUGAGAGAGGGAACUUUACAGACUUGGACCUAAUUGAUAAUCUGGGCUCUGCUAUGCUGCUAAGUGACCGCUUGACUUUCCUUGGAAAAUACAGGGAAUUUCACAGGAUGUACAGCCAGGAGCAGUUUUCAGAAGCUGCCAGCCUGCUGCUCUCUCUUAUGACUGCUCGAAUUGCUCCCUGCUCUUUCUGGCUUACCCUUCUGUUGGAUGCGCUGCCCCUUCUUGAACAGAAACAGGUUAUCUUUUCUGCUGAGCAGACCUAUGAGUUGAUGCGGUGCCUCGAGGACAGGAUGGCAGCAAAGCUUGACUUUACAUCCCCAGAUGAAAUUCAGAAACAGGAUUCCGUCGACAGUACCAAAAUUGAAAUGCUGCGACUGGCCCUGGCCCGGAACCUGGCACGAGCAAUAGUGACAGAGGGGGCACUGCAAGAAUAGAGUAGGACUGGACUCAUGGUUUUUUUUUGUAAAAUAAUGGAAGCUGGGGUGGGGGAAUAAAUGUUCAGUUUAA